AAUAACCCUUCAUACAAACCUUUGUUCGAUCCAAAUCCACCCUCCUCUUCUUCCCUCCCAUCUGCUUUUGAUGCAUUCUCCGAAGUUGCAGGGCAUCCGAGGUUUCUUAACAACCACGUCCAGGAGGAAGCGGCAAAAGAGGACGAUCGGCGGGGUUGGCGACAUAGUGGCCGGAGAAACCGUAGAGAUAAAAAGGAUUUACCUGCCGGUGCUGUAGUGGAAUCUAAAGCUCAGUUAGUUGGAAUCCACGAGAGAGUGAGAAGCAAUGUUGAAAGCAACAUUGCCCAUUGUCAAAAUAAUGGUUCUGUAGGACAUUCACAUGGUGUAAAGCGCAUGGUAACUGCUGGCAACCCAAAUAUAGAAGAUGCAGCAGAGCUACUCAGAAUGUGUGUCAGGUGUGGAAUACCGAAAACAUACUCUCAUUCAAGGGGAAUUGUCUGCCCUGUCUGUGGUGAUCUCCCUCCCAUGGACACAGACGAGCCUGUCAAGAAGAAAGAAUCUACCAUUAAGGAUAAGGAAAAGAGUAAGAGGAUGAAGGGUCAAUCCUCACAUGCUACUUGGAAAAGUGAGACAGAAAUGCAACUCCGACAACAGUUUGAUUAGCAGUGGAAUUUUCUGUUUAGUCAUGAGAUCAUCAAUGCUUGCUAAUUUCUUCUUCAUUUUUGUUCGACAUUAUGUAUAGCAUAGCAUAAACAGCAGAGUAUUUGUGAGCGUAAGAAUUUUAGAUCUGUUAUUUAUGGCUGAAUUUGAAUUUGGUUGGUCACAUUUUACUUCUUGAUUAUAAUCUAAAACCAUUUCACUUUUUUCCA